AUGAGUUGUAAAACACAGAAUGUAGCCGAAGAAAAAGCCCAAGAGGCUUUAGGGUUGUUAAAUAAGGAUGUGGUUAUAAAUAAAGGACCAACCAUUGGCAAGAGACAUUCACAAGCACUUAUUCUUUGUAUUUUGCUACAUUUUUGCUUUAUCAUCAGAACAGCAUUGACUGUCGCCAUAGUAGCCAUGACCGAUCCAAACGCCAGCAGUAAUAAAGAUAUACCGACUUACAACUGGAAUGACAAAAGCUUGAUUAUGGCAUCAUUUCUAUGGGGCUACUGCAUUCCCCAAGUAGUAGCAGGAUACGUAUCUGACAGAUAUGGGGCCAAAUGGUUCUUAGUCGGAAGUACCACAAUGACGGCAACGGCUGGUCUACUGAUGCCUUCCGCAGCGAUAUAUCUUGGCUCAAAAGGGGUAAUGAUGUGCCGAUUUCUACAAGGUUUAUCUCAAGGGUUUUUAUAUCCAUCGAUGCAUGCAGUAUUGGGCAAAUGGAUACCAGUUCCGGAAAGAAGUAGACUUGGUACUUUUGUUUAUUCAGGUGCACCACUAGGUAUAGUUUCUUCCUUAAUAUUAACUGGUUACAUAUCUUCAACGCGUUAUGGAUGGCCAAUGGUCUUUUAUCUCUUUAAUACAAUCACAUUGAUUAUUGUGGCUAUUUAUGCCUAUAUUGGUAGCAACGAUCCAAGAAGUCAUCCCACAAUUAGUGAAGAGGAGAAGAAUUAUAUUAUAAAUAGUUUAAACACUGCGACUGACAGGCACAACCUGAUGGUUCCUUGGAAGGAAAUGCUUACAUCCAGGGCAUUCAUAGCUUUGUUAAUAACCAAUAUUUGUUUUAACUUUACUCACUGGAUGUUUAUAUCGGAAACUUCUAUAUAUCUUGACAAGAUAAUGCAUUUCGACCUUAAAUCGAAUAGCCUUCUGAUGUCUCUUCCUUAUCUAAUAGAAUUUUUGGUUGGAUUUGUAGCAUGCUUCAUAGCAGAUUAUUUGUAUGCAAAGAACACUAUUUCCACUAGUGUUAUAAGAAAGAUUAUGAACAAUAUCGGUAUGUUUAUACCAGCAGUUGCUAUCUUUUUGCUAACUACAACCGGAGCAAAUGAUAAAAACUAUGCAAUUUUAAGUAUUAUCCUUGUCAGCGGUUCUCACGGAGCUGGUAAAUCUGGUCAUGUCGUCAACCAUAUGGAUCUGGCUCCGAAUUUUUCAGGAGUUAUGAUGGGAUUUACUAAUGGAUUUUCUAUCGUUAUAUCUUCGUUUGCUCCUGUUUUGGCGCAGAUUAUUGUAAAGGAUGAGCAAAAUAUUAGCCAAUGGCGAAUUAUUUUCUAUUUAACGAUGGGAUUGAAUAUAUUUGGUGUUAUAAAUAACACAUUAUUUACAUCGGGAAAAAGACAACCAUGGAAUGAAGGAAAAAGGCGAAAGGAAGUAUCAAUCGAGACCAUCAAAAUAAAAUCAUAG